UGCACUCAACUCCACUACUCGUACAAUCAUCCAACAUUCAUGGUUACUUGCUUUGCUAAAAGUGAGAGAGAACGCAAAACCGAUUUAAAUUCAUUCGUCACGAUUUUGAAUCUAUCGGAUGUGCAGUGUUGGUAAACUUUACGGAAACUGCUACCAAACCAAGCACAGGCUCAGAGGAAGGUACCUUGGAAGUGGUCUGAUGUCAUUUUUACAUCUGACCAAGUAACUGCAACUCUUCAACGACGCGACGGUUAGAGAUGGAUGGAGGAUUAUACUCGCUAGCUAAAGGCUGCAAAGAAGAAUGUGAGUAAAAGCAAAGUGAAUGAGAGAGUUGCCUCGUUCUGGCUGGUGCGGAGUUGGUAAAGAGAGAAGGAAAGGCGACAAGCUGACGGCAGACGAAAGACACGGCCAGAGCAGUGUGGUCGGGAACCUCUCUCUCUCUCCAAUUUAAGAAGAACAAGAAAUGACCCUGUUUUCGCACUAGUUUGUCCACAAUUACUAAAAAUUAUUGUCCUCGUGUCCUUCCCAGGGUCAGCAGUGACAAGGUGCAUCAAGAAAGUGAUCUAGGCACGUCUGUGGACAAGACUUUUAACAGUGUGGUGAAGGAUCAAUUGCCGAGCGAGUGUAAACAUCUCUAGAUAAACAGCGUUUCCGGUCGGCAACAUUUUUCAAUUUUAAGAAUCAAAUCAAUCGUCCUCCUGCGGCUGCCCCAAAUAAGAAAUUGUGCAUACACACUAGUUUUGUACAAUAGGAAUAACACGUCAAAUCGGUGUCUGAGCUAGGACUGGAACAUAUAAAUACAUAAAUAAGGAAAUUGAGUAAAAGUGAGCGAGUUGCAGUUCCCGUGUUGUUGUUGUGCUUCUCGGCGAUUUUAUUUGUAAAUACAAACUAAAACUUUUUAACAAAAGUAUAGUAGUUUGUAUUUCUCUUCUGUCUGUGUUUCUUAUCAUGACAUUCAUGGUGCUGUAAUUACUACUAAUUACUCUUAUGGUUCAUUAGUGGACAACUGUAACAACAUUUUAAAUACAAAGUAACAAUGGGGUUAUCAAAAAAUGACUCAUGAAACUCGAAUGCAUUUCUCAGUUGAUGUACACGGAGUACGAUAAGGAUGACUUUUACUAUCCAUGAGUAUAGAAUCAAUUAUGCUUGGUACAAUUAAAUGGAUUAAGACUUCAAGCCGUGUUUCAUUAACUAAAAUUUUGCGCAGGAUUCGAAUGGAAUAACAGUGUUUGUUUUUUUGGCAAAGUAUUCCCAUAAUUACAGAAAUAUGAAGCGCAGAACGAAAGGUGCAAGGGGUGGUUCAUCUCGAGGAGGCGGUCGAGGUCGGGGGAGAGGAUCCAGAGGGGGUUCUAGAGGAGGAGGAACCAGCAGUGAUUCAGCUCGCGGAGGAGGAAGAUCUACUCCAGCUACUGCGACCGGAAGGGGUGGUGGUGGUUCAUCUGGUCGAGGUCCUGCUACUUCCUACAUUUCACGAGGAAACGCUCAGUACCACGCUCCAACCAACGAUUCCUCCAAAAGGAACACCUUGUACGGCCCAUCGUCCUCCUCAUCACCUCAUUCUUCCUCAUUUAGGACUAAAUCCGUUUCUGAAGGGGACACCAAUUCGGGUCUCAAACCUUCAAGUGAUUUCUACCUCCACAAAAAGUUUAAAAAAUUGACCAACACGGUAGAAGAUAACGCAGCUGAAGCAGCAGCAGCUAGCAACUCGUCGUCGUCGUCGUCAACAACACUGCGAACGCGGGUGAAACCUGGUCCAGAGUAUAAUGGGUUAAGUACGCAGCAGUCGCACAAUCAUAUCCUUAAUAGUAGCAGCGGUAGUACUAAUAUUAGUGAUAAUAAUGCUAAGAACGUUAGUAGUGCAAUGGAAUCUAAAGUCAUUAGACAAAGUCAAUCAUUAGAAAAUAGUUCAUCAACGUUAACAAGUGGUAGUCAGCAGCUGCAAAAUAAAAUCUCUUCUGCUGCUAGCAACUGCACCAGUACAAUGGUUUACAAGCCAAAAUUUAGAAUUGCUUCGGAAUCAGAAAUCUCUACGCCUCAUCAUCAUCAUCAUAAUCAAAAUCAUCAGAAUGGGCUCGCCUCAUCGCCACCCACCUCUGCGUCCAUUUCAUCAUCCUCGUCCAACCAAGGGGAUUCUGACGCGGAUGCUGGGAAAGUUUGUAAAGUUUUGCGACUCGACCGACAAUCGUUAGAUGAUAGAAUCUCCAAGAUAAUCGAUGAAAAUCAAUCACUGCUCGAGUGGCCAGAACAUUUUACCAAAAAGUUGAAAAGCCAUACCUCACGAAACUCCACUUCCUCCCAACGUACCAAUCAGCUAACAAUCAUGAGUGGUGGUUCCACAACAGAGCUUGUACAAUCUUCCUCGAAAAGUAACCCCCCAACCCCACUCACUCAUCUAGGGCAACAAUCGUCCUUGCACCCUCCUCUUCACCACAAUCAACAUAACCACCACCAUCACAACGGGCUUGUUCGUCACUCCAGUUUCGACAUGACUUCCUCCGGUGGCACUGUUGAGUUCUUGACCAAUCCUCUCAUCCUAAAGGCACAAGCAGAUUUAUUAAAGAAUUCAUUUUCCAAUGGAAUCCCAGAGUCCACUUCUCCUUCCUCACUCGCAGACCUCGUUUCUUUUCCUCUCGCCCUCGCUGCCAAUGCCUCCUCCUUGAUGGUUCCAAAAAAACGACGACGCAUGUCUCCCACUCCUUCAAGACUUUGUGGGGGAGAAGUGUCCGAGCUGCCCAUGAGUGAAGUGUCUCUCUCCAAAAAUUACUACCAGGAUGUCGAUAUGAAUGUCCGAGUCAAUAAUUGUUCCGGUGCAAAAGUAACAAUAAGGACGAGUAAUGGCAGUGGGAGUGGGGAGUGGUCGGUCCAGUCCGUUGCCGCUGCGAACUUUGGACGUUUUAUGGAACAAGUUCAAGUGCCUUCUUCGCCUCAUUUGGUCAUGGAUAGUACGUCCCUGUUUUUCCCUAACCACCACCACAAUAACAAUAACGGCCCCCUUAGCCUCUCAACUAAGGGAGUGGAACGCGAAAGAGAAAACGAAGAGUCGUCGUCAUCAUAUCUGAUGACUAGUAACAGUGCCCAAGACAAUUCCAAAGGGUACAAAGGCGCUUCUAAAUCUCCUCCUAAGCGAAAAAACUCUAGACAUUCGAAAACAAUAUCGACAACGGUGGAACAACAGCAACUUCUUCUACCUCCUCCACCCCCAAUUUCGGGACCAGUUGCACUAGAUUUGAAACUUAUUCCUAACAGUAAGCCUUUUGCUGUUCCCACCAUGAAUUGCAAGGUAUCCUCUCCAGGAUUUCCUUCAGCACCAGCUCCACCUUUACCUCAUAAAGCCCCCACGUGUGUUUCUCCUCCAAAGAGAAGUCCCCAAAACGGUUCCGCACCAGUUACUCCGCCCCAAGCACGGGCGUCUCAUUCUUCCUCACAAAAUGAGACGACUUCUCCCAAGGAACCAAAACAUCAAUCAUCAUCCCAAACAGCACCACUGCCUAGUUCGAAUAGUAAUCCAAAGCGUCCAAACUUUCUAGCACUCAAGCCAGUGAACAAUGUCUUGAAGAAAUUCGACGCUGGAGUGCUCCCUUCUCCAGAAACGCCAAGAGUUGCCAAAUCAUACAAUCAAAUGUCAAUAAAUGGCAACGCUUAUACAUAUUUGGGGUUCAAAGUUUCAACCAGAUCCAGCUAUUGCACACUGUUCAAGCCGCAGCCAAUGUUCAUCCCUCAAAACAACGAUCCCAAGUUGUCUAUGUACUCCAACUGGCAGCCAUGUCCCAAGGACCCGAAAGAACCGGAAUGUGACAUGUCCACCAAUGACUCACGAAUAAAUGGGAGAAAGGACUUGAAAACCAUAUACACGUCAGCCAUAGGCAAGAACUGUGACACAUUGGCGGUCUCCUCCCCUGACAAGCAACCACCAAUUUCAUCUCCAAUGUCCGAGAAGAGUCCACUAGCGCUUUUCUCGGCCAAAUUAAACGCUACGGGACCAAUGGUAACUAGUCUGAGUCGAAGCUCUGAAGCGGUACCUCACGGAAAAGGGCUUGGUUUAGGAUUUCCGACCUCGCUCUCUACCUCCACAGUCACAACCACCAGCUCAACACCAAUAUCAUCCUCAUCCAUGAGUCAGAGCCAAUUAUUUUCUCCAUGUAAAAAUACGACUGCGUCUGCUCUUUGUUCCUCAUCAACAUUGAAUAGCUCUGUAGCACGAGCAAUUUCCAUUCUGUCCUCAUCGUCAGACCUGAGUUCUGGGGAGGAAAAUACCGCUUGCAACAAUAGUUUUGGGCGUAAGCAGAGUACAAGGAAGAAGAAAAAGAAGAUUAGCAGCAGCAGUAGUAAGAAUAAUAGCGAGGACGGACAGCUACUCAUUGCAUCUCGUUCCUCCAACGAUUCCAUGAUGCGGGGGGGAGAUGACUCUAACUCGGCGUCUGACUCGAUCAAAUCUGACGGGAUGGGAGUGAUGAUUAGUCGAGCUGAUGGGUCGCGAGUGCGAAUUAUGGAAGGUGGGUUCGAGUCGAAUGAAGCAUAUACCUACGUGCGAGGUAGAGGUAAAGGUCGAUUCGUGUGUGAGGCAUGUGGCAUUCGGUGUAAAAAACCAUCAAUGUUACGCAAGCAUUUGAAGACACAUACCGAUUUGAGACCGUAUACGUGCAAACUUUGCAACUUUAGCUUCAAAACCAAAGGCAAUUUGACAAAACAUCAAAAAUCCAAAUCUCAUCAUAAAAAGUGCAUAAGUAUGGGAAUUCACCCUGAAUCCGUACAAUCGUUGGCCUCAACGGGACCGAAUAUUUCAGACUCAAACUCAGAAAACGAUUCUGACGACGAUGAGGACGAAGGAGAUUCUGACUCGCAAUGUGAUGAAGGAGAUGGGAGUCCAUCAACAGGAACUGAGAGUGAGUGUGUUGAGAAGGAGAUUGCAUUAAGUCUACUGGACUUAAGUCGCAUGUCACAACGCCCAUCAGAAAGUGAAUGGUCCAAGAAACAAAAGCGGUCAUCACAGCUCGCAAGUGCUGGUGAGGAUUUACUGACAACUAGUGGUGCCAAUCUUGUCAUCAAAUCUACUGCAGAAGUUAAUGGCGAAACCCCAAUGGACUUGAGCGUAAAACCGAAAUCUAUUGCACAUACAUCCACCAGUUUCGAGGCAGUUCCGUCCUCUGAAGAACCUGAAGUGAAACGUCCAAAGCUUGAGUUGAAUGGAUUUGUGAAAUCAAUUGGUCUAGUAAGCGAGGCACAAAGCUGGGAGCCAGAGGAGGAAUUAAUUUCAAAAGGCAGUCUCGAUUUGAAGAAAGUAUUAAAUACCAGUACGGAGUCAUCAACACCUUUGUCCAUUAAACGAAAGCCAAGCCCAACGGUUGAAGCUGUGGUUCGAGAAAUCAAACAAGAAAUUUUUGACUACCCUGGUGAAACUGGGGAUGGUCGUCCUCCGAAUGGAUAUGUUAAACGCAAGAGGCAAGAUUCGGAAAACAGUAAUUCAUCCAAUUCGCAAAUUCACCCUGUACCUUCUUCCACUGCAACUUCAUCAAGUGAGCCACAACAGCCAGGGUCAAGUGCACAAGUGCUAGGAUCUGUAUCCACGGCUGGAGGAAGUAGUGCUGUAAGACUUCAUCAGCCAUGGCUUAGCCCAACGGAAAAGAAAGCUCUGGAAACUGAGGGUAGCAAUGGUAAGAAAAAGGACGGAAAACUUGUGGAAUCCAUACCACCAGAAAAGUCAUCAGGAUCAAGCACUAAUAUCGAUGUCAAUGGAUCCGCAUCAACUCCGGAUGUUGGAGACGUAACAAGUCCGAAAGGAAAGACCUUUGCAACCAAACCACAAGCAGAAUUCAGGCAACCCAGUGGUGCUCAAGCUAUGGUGAAGGAAGACGGUAAAGCUGAAUGCAACGUAUGUGGGAAAUCAUUUGCUAGACCUAGCCAGCUAACACUUCAUAUGAACAUUCACUACCUGGAAAGACCAUUUAGAUGUGACCCUUGCGGAGUCAGUUUUAGAACGAAAGGACAUUUAAUUAAACACCGGAGGUCAAGUAGUCACGAUUGCAAGGCGUGGGGGGUUGCGAAUGAAGAGAAUCCAAGGCCGUUUAAAUGUGCUGAUUGUAAGAUUGCAUUUAGAAUCCACGGGCAUUUAGCAAAACAUCUCCGCUCAAAAAUGCACAUCAUGCGAAUGGAAUGUCUAGGAAAAUUACCGUUUGGAAUUUACUUCGAAAUGGAGAAAUCUGGAAUGAAUCUGAAUGAAAUUGACACAACAGAUUGUGACAUGUCCCUGGUCUCACUGCAGACUGUCGCUCGCAAGAUCUAUGGGGAGACUUGGAUGGAACGACUAACUGCUCCUGUUGAAGAACCAUCGUAAUUUUAAUUUUCUAUGACGUGACUAUUAGUACAACGACUGAUUUUAUAUACACUACAUGUGAUAAGGACCUCAUUUAUUUCUUUUUUUGUUUUUAAGGAAAGCUUUAAAAAACAUUUGUUUCUAACUGGAUGAACUAUGUUAUAACCUUUCCUGUUUAAUAAUCUUCUUCUUGCGAAUAACCUUAUUAAUGAUUUUAAGAUUUAUUCGGCUCAAUCGUGCACUGACCAAAACUUACCGAUUUGUGUUCGCUCAAAUUUUAUAAACCAUGUACCUUACUUUUAUAUAUAUACAUAUAUGUAUGUAAUUGUUAUCUGUUGAUCUAUUUUAACAUCUUUUUAUCGAUAAAGUAGUAAAAGUAGAUUUAGUCUGUAAUUUAUUGACAAGGUUUGAAUAUGUAGUAACGCCAUGGUUAGUUAAAAAUAUUAUCAAUCUGCCCUCCAGAAAACUCAGUCGUCGCUACUAAGAAAACUGGAACCAUUGCUAUUGAAAUACAUACGCUUAAUAUUAUUAUAAUAAUUGUUGUAAAUGUUAGGUAGAGAACUAUACUAAACAAUACGAAUGCUAUUAAAAUUUGUAAAUUAAUGUCCAAUGUGUGCCAAUUUUUAGUAGAAAUUUGUUACAGUUUGAUUGUCUGUAAUGUGAUCCAAAUGGGUUGUUUGUGUUAAGUAUGUAGUUCUUGGGACCACAAAUAGUUGUAUAGAUCAGACAGUCGUUUUGCAGGAUUUAUUUGGGAAGUCUUGUAUAACAACUGCUAAAUUGUAAAGAAAAGAUGAUAAUAUCUACUUUUCGUAUAUCUACUUAUUAGAAUAUUAUUCUAAUAAGUUAUAUAAGAACUGAUAAAAUGAUGUGUGGAAAUGUACCUUAAUUAAUUGUUAGUUAUAUAAUUUUAUCAACUUGAAUGGAAUACGUUAUUUUAGCAAGUCAAACUGGUCGUUAUGAAAUUGUUAUUUAUCCAGACUUAGAUUUUCUUUCAGAAGAAAUGUUUUACGAAAUACACUUGAGAUCUCGGGGGGAUAAGAAGAGACCCACUUUUAGAGAUUCAUGCGAAAUAAUUUAAAGACUCAAACUAAGUUUUUUAAAGUAAAUGAUAAAUUCAUCGUGCACUCCAACAAGAAUAGAUUAGAAAAUACUCGCAUAUAUUUUUAUUUGUUAAAUGAGAAACAAAUAAAUGUUGUUAUUAAAUCCGA